CCGCUCUCAAGUUGCUCAAGCUUAUCUCUGAUGAUAUGUUAUUCGUGUGUGUGUUGAUAGUGAAUUUUUUCUACUUAGUUGCCUUCGAACGACAAUGUUGUGGAAUGAUGUCAUUUAUGUACUACUAUUAUUAUUUUCCGUAGCAAUUGGACUUUUUUAUCGUAAAAUAGAAAGACCUCAUGUAAAACAAUGGAUUGGGACCGUCAUUGGCUUCACACUAGUGGCUUGUAUCUCAGGAUUGUCAGUUGUACAUCCGAUUAUUACUGUUCUCAUCAAUGCCAUUAUUAUAACUAAUUUAUCAUGGAAGUACGAAUACAUAUAUUUAAUGAAAUGUCACUUGGUCAGUCUAUAUUUCUCCUUUUUCUACUUACUGGUGAUUUUCCGAUUGAGUGAUUAUUUCGGUUUAUCGAACCCGCCAACUUAUACAAAUCUCGUUGUUAUGAUUCUCACUCUCAAGCUACCCGGGCUGGCGUUUGAGAUCAAUUCUGCAGCUACAGCACCUACUGAUAACAAUCAGGGAGCAAAUUCUGAAGCAUUCAAGAAAAUCAGUUUUAUGGAUGUAAUACAUUACAGUUUUGGUUAUAUGGGUGUGUUAACAGGUCCAUACUACCGUUAUAGAACAUACUGGGAUUCUCUAUAUAGACCAUUUUCUAAUUAUGUUGAUCCGUGGCCGCUCACCUACUAUAAACUCAAACAAAUAGCAGCAUUCAUUGUGUUGUUUCUAGUGAUGAAUCAUCUAUUUCCCAGCGACUACACGCAAACAGUAGAGUUCGAAGAACACUGUUUUUUCUACAGAUUUUUCUAUAUGUAUCCGACAUUUGCCAGUUUUCGACUAAGAAUGUUUAUUGGCAUGAUACUAGCUGAGUGUGUUUGUCAAAUGUCAGGAUUAGGAGCUUAUCCAGUUUGCUGUCAACCUGUACCUGGUCUAGGUCCGCGCGAUUAUAAAAAAAUUGAAGAAUUAUCGCUUAAUCACGACAGAAUAAAAAAAGAGCAGCAGGAUUUCGAAACAGUGCACAAUAUGAAUGUGUGGGAAGUAGAAUUUUCUCCAUUUGUUAGACACACAAUGAAAAUGUGGAAUACAUGCAUACAAUAUUGGAUGGCUGUAUGUAUUUACAAAAGAUUCCCUCAUAAAGGUUUAAGAACUGUUGCUACAUUGACUUUAUCCGCUCUAUGGCAUGGUUACUCUGCAGGCUAUUAUUUUUGCAUCUGUCAAGUUCCAUUUUAUUUACCUUUCGAAGACAUUUGCAUUAAAUUCUACAAUCAAUGUGAGGAAAACGGAUACGUUAUAAGUAGUAAAUGGGUAGCCCUGGCCCGUCAAAACAAACCCUCACCACUUUUCCACUGGCGCCAGGGGAAUGACCUCCCGCUGUCAAAAAUUGUCAGCCACGUGGAAAUGGAGCAUUCUGAUUGGUUGGUGGGCGUGGCAGGUGAUAAUUAAAUAAUUAGGGAGCGUUCUGAUUGGCUGCUCCCAUAGCUGCCCGGCGCGUGAUUGGUUCUGCCCAUAGUGCCCCAUAUGUGUGAUUGGUUGUCAAAAUGCCAGAUGAAAAAGUAGGAGAAGGGGGAAAAAGUGUCUGGAACCGCUCGAGAUCCGAAAACAAAAUGACGUCUGCGAAAAAGAAAGAUGGCGAGUGUGUGAAAGGAAUAUAUUUGACGAGAAUAGAAUGUCAUUUUUAUGACACGAGGAGAAAGAAAUUGAUUUUUUGCGGGUUUUUAUUACAUAUAUUUGAGAUAAAUCACGUUUUCUUAGGACGAAAGAUUUCUCGGCGCCUCAUAGCUAGCGAAUUUAAAUAAAUUUCUCGAGUCACUUGACAUUUUUUGUAUGGAGGAAAUGUAUAAAUGUUUUGAAGACGAGAGGUUUUCGGAGUGUAAUAACCGUUAGAAUUAUUUACCGAGUCGUAUGGUAUUUGGGGGAGGAAAACAGGAACGGACAGAUUCGCACUAGAAAUUUCUGAUGGCGACGAAUUUGGAGAUAUACGAGGCUUUUAUGACUAUGACAAACAUGCAGGCUGAAAAAAUUUUCUUUCGACGCGAUGAUAACUUUGCAGGAUACUGAAGGGAGGGGGAGAGAGAGAGAGAGAGA